AUGACUGAAACCACUGAAAACCAAGCUCAAAAUGCUCCAGAAGAUAAUGUACAACAAACAGUUCCUAUAGGUCUACCUGUUCAAGAAUCAGAACCAAUUCCAAUUCAAGUAGAAAAUUUGAUAAAUCCUGUUCCACCAGUAAAUCCAGCGCCAGUUCCACAAACAGAAGUUCCAAAAGAAGAACCUGUUCAACAAGCUGCUAAAGCACCCACUCCUGCUUCUCCAGCUGCAAUUGUUACGAGUAUUUCAACUGGUGAUCUUAAUUUACAAGAAAAUCACUUUGAACAAGAUUUGGAAAAUCAAAUGGAGUUGAUAUCCGAGAGAUUGCAAAAGAUGGCUGAUCGAAUCGUGGUUUUACAGAAAAAUGCUCAAUUAGUUUCACAAAAAUUAGAUGUUAUAGAAUGCGUUUAA